AUGGCCGAAUCACCACCUAGAAGGAUUUCAAAGUCCCCUUCACCGUCACCCUGGAAGGCUCAAUCACGAUCACGGUCAAGAUCAAGGUCGAGGUCUGUGCCAAGACAAAGACCAAGAUCUGACUCCAGAGGUCGUGGCAGAUCAAGGUCUCGGAGCCCGGAAAGGGGGGCCAAUCCUACAAAUCCUGGUAAUACACUUUAUGUUACUGGUCUAUCUUCAAGGGUCACUGAGAGAGACCUCGAGGAGCAUUUUUCCAAGGAGGGAAAAGUUGCUUCAUGCUUUCUUGUAGUGGAGCCACGUACACGAAUUUCUCGUGGUUUUGCUUUUGUUACAAUGGAUUCCCAUGAGGAUGCUGAACGGUGUAUCAAGUAUCUCAAUCAAUCAGUUUUAGAGGGUCGUUACGUCACUGUAGAACGGUCAAGAAGAAAGCGUGCAAGAACUCCAACACCAGGGCACUAUCUUGGGCUGAAAAAUACUAGAGACUAUGGCUCUCGUGGUGACAAUCGUGAUGACUUUCGUGGUGGCAAUCGUGGUGACUUUCGUGGUGACUAUCGCGGUGACAGUCGUGGUGACUAUCGCGGUGACAGUCGUGGUGACUAUCGCAGUGACAGUCGUGGCGGCAGUCGUGGUGACUUUCGUGGCGACGGUCGUGGCGAUUUUCGUGGUGACCGGGGAAGGAAUUACGGUGGUUCUGGUCGUGGUGAUUAUUCACAUCGUAGGUCUCCAAGGCGUUCACCAUAUCGUGGAGGCCAAGAUCAUUCACCACAGCACUCACCCUAUGUUGGGAGGUCUAGGAGGGAGAGAUCCAGGUCUAUUCCCCAUUCUCCUUAUAGCCCAGACAGGAGGUAUGCUGGUGGAUCUAGGUGA